GGGGCUAGAGGCGGACAGGGCAAGCGCUGGGUGCCCAGCAGUGGGUGAAUUUGGGUGUGUGGUGUGUGUCGGUGUCUAUGUACGCGUGCGCGCGGUGGGGCUGUGGGUGGCUUCGCGGCCGCCACCGCCUCUCCCCUCCCCUCCCCCCCUCCUCCUCCACACCCCGGGCAGCGCCGUCCGGUGAGAGGAUUUUGAGCCCCGUGUGGUCGUCGCUACAAGUUGUAACAUGGGGAAGAAAAGCAGAGUGAAAACUCAGAAGUCGGGAACUGGAGCUACAGCAGCAGCAUCUCCGAAGGAGAUGUUGAAUCUAAUAAGCGAAUUAUUACAGAAAUGCAGCAGUCCAACUCCAGGUCCUGGAAAGGAGUGGGAAGAAUAUCAACAGAUUCGACUUCUUGUUGAGAGAAUCCGUAAAAAACAGAAAGGUUUGUCUGUUGUAUUUGAUGGGAAAAGAGAAGAUUAUUUUCCUGAACUAAUUAAGUGGGCCAGAGAAAAUGGUGCAUCGACAGAGGGUUUUGAAGUGGCUAACUUUGGAGAAGAAGGUUUUGGUUUGAAAGCCACAAGAGAAAUAAAAGCAGAAGAACUUUUUCUGUGGGUUCCCAGAAAAUUGCUGAUGACUGUUGAGUCAGCUAAAAAUUCAAUAUUGGGGUCCUUGUAUUCUCAAGACCGAAUUCUUCAAGCCAUGGGCAACAUCACAUUAGCAUUCCACCUUCUCUGUGAACGAUGCAACCCCAAUUCUUUCUGGCUGCCUUAUAUCCAAACUCUACCAAAUGAAUACAAUACCCCUCUUUACUUCGAAGAAGACGAGGUUCAGUAUCUUCAUUCAACUCAGGCCAUACAUGAUGUCUUCAGCCAGUAUAAAAACACUGCUCGACAGUAUGCUUAUUUCUACAAAGUUAUUCAGACCCAUCCUAAUGCCAGCAAACUGCCAUUAAAGGAUUCUUUCACUUACGAUGAUUACAGGUGGGCAGUGUCCUCUGUCAUGACACGACAAAACCAGAUUCCUGCUGAGGAUGGCUCUCGGGUCACAUUAGCUCUGAUUCCCUUAUGGGAUAUGUGUAAUCACACCAAUGGGCUGAUUACUACAGGUUACAACUUAGAAGAUGACCGUUGUGAGUGUGUAGCACUUCAAGAUUUUAAGGCUGAUGAACAGAUUUACAUUUUUUAUGGCACUCGGUCAAAUGCUGAAUUUGUGAUCCACAGUGGUUUUUUCUUUGAUAAUAAUUCACAUGACAGAGUGAAAAUAAAGCUUGGAGUGAGUAAAAGUGACAGGCUGUAUGCUAUGAAGGCAGAGGUCUUAGCUCGCGCUGGCAUCCCAACGUCCAGUGUUUUUGCCUUACACACAACAGAACCUCCAAUCUCUGCCCAGCUUCUGGCUUUCCUUAGAGUGUUUUGUAUGACUGAAGAUGAACUGAAGGAGCACUUGAUAGGAGAGCAUGCAAUUGAUAGAAUCUUUACUCUUGGCAAUUCUGAAUUUCCUGUGAGCUGGGACAAUGAGGUGAAACUUUGGACAUUCCUUGAAGCCAGAGCAUCCCUUCUGCUGAAAACCUACAAGACGACUGUUUCAGAGGACAAAUCCUUUUUGGAAACACAUGACCUUACCUGUAAUGCAACAAUGGCUAUUAAAUUGCGUUUGGGGGAGAAAGAAAUAUUGGAGAAAGCCAUACAGAGUGCUGCUGCCCACAGAGAAUACUACAGCAAACAGAUGGCAGAAGGAGCCCUCCUCCCCAAAUAUGAAGAGAGUAAUAUUGCCUUACUAGAGAAUACUGUGGCAGAUUCCAGACUUCCAAUUGUCUUGAGAAAUUUGGAGGAAGAACCAGAGGAGCAAGAGGACUUAAAGAUUGAGGAAACUAUUGGUACAGAAGUGGCAGCAAAUGGGUUUGUGAAUGGUGACAAUUCUUUGCUUAAUGGGACCAAGUUGGAAAGCAAAAACGUAAACCAAGAGGAAAACAACAGAGAGACUGAAGAUGCCAAAGAGUCUUCUUCAGACAGUACUGAUGAGGUUAAAGAAUAGCUCUAAAAUAGUUUUGACUUUAUUGUGAAAUUGAAAACUAGCAGGUGUUCUUUUCUUCUUCUUUAAACAGUGAUUUACAUUUGUGUGUUCCCUAACAUUUCUUUCUGCAGAUGAAAAUGUUUUUUGCUGCUUUAUAAUUAAAAAAAAGGUUUUUAAGUUAUUUAAAGAUUUAGUACCCCUUUUCUCUUAAAAUUGCUAUUGUGCUUUUGGAGGAUAGAGGGGUGGGGAAGGAAAAAAUGGAGAAAGUUACUUCUGGAGAAUUGUGCAGCCCUUGGUUGGGAAAACAGGUUUACUUCCUAGGGAAGAGUUCAGGUUUAUCUGCUUUCUUUCUGUUCUGUUUCCUCUGACUUUUAAUUGUGAAACCCUGUUCCUUGUGCAUCCUGCCUGCGGAGGUGGCAGCACUGAUUGCCUAUAUGAUUAUAAGCAGAAAACAGAACAGCACAUAGAGCGGAUAGAAACAUUAAAACAUUAGUGACUGAGCCUGGUGGGUAAGGUGGCAACCUUAUUUUCCUUAGAGUUCAGAUGCUGAAAUUAAUACAAAUUAUAUUAUAAUUACAGUGGUUUCCAAGAAAUUUGGUUUAUUUUGUGGUUUAGUUUGCUGUAUAAGAAACUUCAUCCCAACCCCAUUCCAUCUCCUUGAAAUCAAAGUGUGUGAAUUUGGCACAUCUCAUUUAGUUUUUGAAAAGGCUUUUGUUUUUUGUUUUGUUUUGUUUUUGAAAUGGCACUGUAUUAUUGGGUGAAGGAGAGAUGGGAAGCAGAUCAGCCGCUUACAGCUUUAAACUGUGUUGUUCAAAGUGAAGUUGCACCCAUCUUUUUCAGAUUUUCACAAAUAGCUAGAGAUUUUCAAAGUUACACUUUUGACUAAGAAAGUUAUUAAAAAAAACUUUAUUAAA